AUGCACGCCAAGUAUCUUUCCACGCUUCUUCUUGCGGUUUCUCAGAGCGCUACAGCUCUCGUUACUGGCACAAGGGCUGUUUCCAACGUUGCCAGUGUUGCCCCAGUUAUCGAGGUCAGAUGGCCGUGGACUGUUAACAAGCGCACUGCUCAAGCCGUGGUCGAGAAUCAAACUGGAAAGACCAUUUACGGCGUCGGGCUCGUGCACAAGUACAGCGACAACUAUGUUAACAGCGAAGAUUGGCCCGAGCUGGCACACGGCGAAACGUCAAACCCCUCCGUCACGGUCAACUACCACACCGGGGACUUGACGACCGGCAGAGACUGGUGGCUUGUCACUUGGCUUGGCGACGAUGGAAAGUCGGUGCUCUACACGGACCCCAACAACGGUCGAUGCUGGAUCGACCAGUUGGAGCAGGCAGCCACCAAGAUCCUCCCCAAAAUUGCCGCUGCCAUCGCAAAGGCCCAGCUGAAGAUUCCAGGCGCCAGCAAGCUUGUCAAGCAAGUCACGAAAGAGUUAUUGAAGCCGUUGUUGAACAAGGCUGAGACUUGCGGCUUCAAGCAGCAUAUCUUGCGGGAUGACGAUCGCAACUCCCCGGUAACGAUUGUGCUCAAGAAGGGUGGUGAGGUCGUCAUCAAGUCAACAACGGGGAUUUCCUACUCAGCGUGGAGGUCUAAACCUCUCUAA